UGGUUGAUCGUUUCCGGCAAUCCCAGGCGAAUAUGACUGCCUGAUGGCCAAGGCAGCAACCGGACAAGCUUCUCCAGCCAAGCUUCGCAUAUCAAAGGGUUUCUGGCCCCGUCUGAAGUCUGUUCGAACCCUGUUUGGCGGCUUGAGCCGGUCGACAGCGGCGUGAACCUCGGGACUCAUUCGGGAAAACAGACACUACUACUAGCAUUCCAGAGAUUGACUUUCAGAAAAAAAGUCUCUCCGCAUUGAUUUAUUUAGCCGAGAAUGUUGAGCUUAUGCCUCUCACGCGGAGAAAGCCGACGUUGCACGUUGAUCCAGGCUGGAGCCACGCUGAUUGGAUCAGAAAAAAAAGCCUCGAGGAGACUCCGGCGAACUCGUACAAAGCGAGACUGCCACAGUAUCAGUCUGUCCCAGAUGAGUUACCAAUGCGGAUAUACUCCGGUGGCGCGCUCCGGAGACAGCCAAAGCAGGACUAGGAGCCAUUCCGGGCUUUGGAUCCAGUAUGGAAAGGGAAAGGCGUUAUCAGCUCUGAAAACUCCGCCCAUAGAGAAGUUCGAGAAAGCGGCCGGUCCAAUAGGAGAGGCAUUCACCAAUCCGCGCAGGCUCUGGGGUUACAUUGCCGAUUGGUGGUGGGUGUUAUUCACUGAUAACAAGACUAAAAUUGUAGUGUCGCAUGUCGCCAGGGUCCGGGUUACUCGCGUGCCAAUUUCUUAGUCUUUAAAAUGUUGGUUCUUCUUUUUUCUCCCAUCUUUUCUUCUCUUUAAAUUUUUCCCUCUUAACACUCCAUUCUUUUGUGUUCUGUGUUG